UUAAAAGCCAGUUGACUUUAGUUAAGAUAACUCACAUCGUUAUUGGACACGCAGCCGAGAUGAGGUGCGAUCUUCGAGUGCAUUUUUUGCUACUGCUGGGAAUAGGCGCUUGGCGGAGUGAAGCCCACUCCCUGGGUGGAGCUGGAAUCGGUGCGGUCGGAGGAGUGGCAGCCAUCGGCGGAGUGGGUGGCAUCGGAGGCGUCCAGCAGGUUCCCGUUGUGCAACAAGUGCCCGUUGUCCAACAGGUUCCCGUCGUGCAACAGGUGCCCCUCAUCCAACAGCAGCCUCAAGCACUUGGUCUCGCCGGAGGAGCUGGAUUCAUUGGUGGCGGCAUCGGUGGAGGUGCUGGUUUUGGGCGCUACAAGGAAAGCUAUCGUGUGAGGGCGAGGGGAUUCGGCGGUGGAUACCGCGCCCGGUACGACAAGAAAUUUGGAGGAGGAUUCGCUGGAUUCGGUGCUGCUGGAGGAGCGGGCCUAGCAGGCGGCGGUCUGCUGGGAUAAAUAUUAGCCUGUUAUCUAGUUUAAUAAACAAUUAUAUUAAAUUGUAACAAUACCAUUUCAAA